GUCAAUCAACAACCAGUGUUCUGUCUACACUGCCAUAAUUUUUCACUUCGAUUUUUUUUUAUAAUUUUAAUUUUUUUGAAAUGAUUUUAAGAUCCAAUAAAUUGACAUUAUGGCGCCUAAAUCUGAUUUUAAUCUGUCUGAUGACUUCAAAAAUUUUAAUCAUACAAGCCGACAACGAUGAUCCACAAGCUAGAAUAAUUAAUGGUGAAUUAGCAAAAUCUGACAAUACCAAACAUCAAGUUUCAAUUCGUAUUAAAUCAAUGGAUUAUCCAUUUGGAAGCGGACACAUUUGUGGUGGGUCUUUAAUUGGACCCAAAAAAGUUUUGACAGCUGCACAUUGUGUAUACAAUUCUGAGAAAAAGAAAUUCCGUGAGCCAAGAGAAUUUUCCGUAGUUAUGGGAACAUUAAAUCGAUUUAAGCCAAGUGGAACAAUAAGUUCUGAUGUAACAUCUUUAGCAUAUUUAAAAACAUUUGACAUUAAAACAAUGACAGAUGAUGUGGCGAUAAUGUUUUUAAAGAAAGGUCUAGCAGUAAAUGGAACACAUCCAAAAAUUCAACCAAUUGCUUUAAAUAAUUUCACGUUGCCACCAGGAUAUAUUUGUCAAGUUUCUGGUUGGGGUAAAACACAUAGUAGUAAUAAGGACCUUCCGGCAGAGCUGCGCAUCACAAAUGUAUCAAUUGUUGCAAAAAAAGAUUGCGUGGUUCCUUAUGGCAACGCAAUUAAACCUGGAAUGCUUUGUGCUGGUUUGAUGUUAGGUGGAAAUGAUGCUUGCCAAGGGGACUCCGGUGGACCGUUGGUGUAUAAUAAUGCCCUUGUAGGAAUUGUUUCCUGGGGUUCUGGAUGUGGCCAAAGAGCGUAUCCUGGUGUAUAUGCCGAUGUGAAAUACUAUAUUAACUGGAUAACAAAAACAAAUGCUAGUGGUAAAUUAAGUUGGAGCAUAAGAACUAUGUCAAUUGGGAUAGUAAUUUUGAUUUUCAACUCAGUUAACUUUAUUUAAUAUAUACAUAUUUAUAUGUUUGUAGGUAUUUAGGAACAUUUAUGUUUGUAAGAAAAAAAAAUUAAAUUAUUAUUACGUA